AUGAGGAGCCUCAAGCUGCUCUUUUUGGCCGGCUCGGCCGUCUUCUUUCGAGACACGCAGGGGGCGCAGGCGUCCUCAGGUCCCACUGCGCCGCCCGGCGCUGCAGGAGCAGCAAGUAUCGAUUGCACAACUGCCAUGAACAGCAUCCGUUCUGAUGUUGGCCUGGCCCCGCUGCAGUUGGGAACUACAGAGCAAGCUAAAUUGCCUCUAAAAGCUGGCGACAGCCCCAAUGUGGCCUUCACUGGUUCCGUCUGCACCGCCGCUAGAGCCGGAACGAUGCCUCCCACAACUUCGACCUCACUGGACGGGAACUUCGCCAUUUCGAUCCAGAAGGGGGCCAAUGGCGACUGUGCAACUGCAGUGAAGCACUGGAGAGAAGGAGUCAAUCUGUUCAAGGGUUUGCCUCCGCCGUAUGCGGCGGAUUCUGCGGUGUACAAGACCACCCAGGCCCAGUCCUUUGUGGCCCUCUUCACCCCCCAGCAGGAAAGCAAGGUGGACUGCGCAUACUUCGUUUGCCCGGAAACCACUGACAGCGGCAGCAAGCAGGAGGAAAUCAAAGCUCUUCUCUGCAUCACUUCGCCCAAGUCGCUGAAGGAAGGCACGGCUCCUUUCGAGCAAAAGCAAUGGGACAAGAUCACAGCGGGCCUCGUGGGUGGCGCCUCUGCAGCGGUGCCGACCUUCCUUGUUUUUGCCGUCACGGCUGUUGGAGUUGCGCUGUUUUGA